UGGAUAGAGGCAAUAUACAUAAUAAAAGGCACCAUACUACAGAAAAUGGCAUAUACUCUGGACCCACCCACAUUUAUUUUGCUUCCGACGCCAAUGGUUUGAGUACACCAUCGUCAGUGUUAUUGAAAACAAGCAUUUAUGCAGCUGGACUUUUGACUCAAAACCUUUGGCUACUGACAUAUAGCUCCUGUGACAACUGUCCCAUGUGACAACCGGACCUGGUCUCCAUAAAAUGCUUAAGUCUAGUAACUCGUAUACACCUCAGAUGUCCACAGAUGUCCUGGCUGUCUAUUGACAGGACUUUCACAUUCAUGACAGAGUCAGAUUGAGAAGAGGCUGGUUAAUGUGUCACUGACAUAUGCUCUGAGAGAGUGCAGGGAUUCGGACGCUAUUUACUGUUCAGUAAAACAAGCUGUUGACUGGAGACGACACAUAAUCCGUUGUAAAGAUGUCAUAUAAAGACAGCGCUAUUAGUUUCCCUGAGCUUAUAAAGGUGAAACGAGACGGUGGCCGACUCAGCAUUGCAGAGAUAGGCACUUUUGUACAAGGAGUCACAUCAGGAGCCAUCCAGAAGACUCAAAUAGGUGCCAUGCUAAUGGCCAUAUGGCAGAAGGGCAUGACUGAAGAAGAGACCCUGGUAUUGACAAGAGAGAUGAUGAACUCUGGAGAGACGUUUAAAUGGCCGGAGGAAUGGCUUGUGGUAGACAAACACUCAACCGGUGGGGUUGGAGACAAAGUCAGCCUGCCACUCGCUCCUGCUCUGGCUGCAUGUGGCUGUAAGGUGCCCAUGAUAAGUGGAAGAGGACUGGCACAUACAGGUGGCACUCUGGACAAGCUGGAGUCUAUACCUGGGUUUAAAGUCAACCAGUCAGUUGAACAGGUGAAGCAGAUCCUCGAGGAUGUGGGCUGUUGCAUUGUGGGACAGACAGAGAGUGUAGUUCCAGCAGAUCGUGUUCUCUACGCCAUCAGAGACGCCACAUCGACUGUUGAUAGUCUUCCUCUGAUCAUCAGCUCCAUCAUCUCUAAGAAAGGAGCUGAAGGUCUGAGUGCUCUUGUGUUAGAUGUGAAGUUUGGCAGAGCUGCUCUAUAUAAAGAUCUGGACAGCGCUCGCCGUCUUGCUCAGUCACUGGUCACUGCAGGCAACAAGCUUGGUGUGAAAACAGGGGCGGUGCUUAGCCGGAUGGACACUCCCAUUGGCCAGACAGUGGGAAAUGCGCUUGAGGUGUGUGAAGCUCUUGAGUGUCUUAAAGGACGAGGGCCAGAUGAUCUCAAGGAACUGGUUAUAAAUUUAGGUGGCUAUCUAUUGUGGAUGUGUGGCCACUCCUGUACUCUAGAGGGUGGGAAAACUGAAAUCGCUCUGAAACUGGAAAACGGAGAAGCCUUGAAAAAGUUUGAGGCGAUGCUGAUGGGUCAGGGUGUGUCGGCAGAUGUUGCACAUUCCCUGUGCUCAAACGAGACCGACUACUUUAAGCACAUGAAGCGUGCAGCACAUCAGACAGAGCUCGAGGUGCUAGAUGAUGGAGCCGUUUUGGACAUCGACGGUUUGGCCCUGGCUAAAGUGCUGCAUAAACUAGGGGCGGGACGUACUAAAUCAGGAGAGGAAAUCGAUUAUAGUGUGGGAGCAGAGAUUUUGGUUAAGAUGGGACAGCAGGUACAGAAAGGUGAAUCAUGGAUCAGGAUCCAUCACAACUGCCCAGAUCUGAGCACACACUAUUCUGACCUGCAAACAGCUUUGGUCAUUGGCAGCCUUGACAAAUACAAGGCAGCAUCGCGUGUGGCAGAAUUCAUCAACCCAGACAAUCUCAACAUGUCAUAACACAGCCUCGUUCAAGACUUAUUUUGUUUGUAACAAAUAUUUCAGUCUGAAUGUAUUGUUUAUAUGAGGCCACUAGGGAGUUUUUAGAAGAAAAACAUGAGAGACAAAGACCAACAAUGACGUUUGAGCUCUGCAUCUGGAAAAUGUUUAAACAUAUUUGCUUACCAGUAGCUAAAA